GGUGUUUUGGUGCUGCAGACCGUCCAAGUUGGCCAGAGGUGAGGUGACCUGCUGCCACCGGCCCUAAUAAGAGCUGGACAAUACUGACCACUGCAACACUUGAGGAUCCAUCAUGGACCAGAACUGCCAACCGACGGACGGGCACCGGAAGAACAGGAGCGGGUUCGGCCCGGUGGAGGUGCAGAUGUGCCAGUCCAUCCUGCCCUGCCAUGCUAACCAUCAGGGCGAGCUGGGCGCCGGGCAGCUGCUCAAGUGGAUGGACACCACCGCCUGUCUGGCAGCUGAAAGACAUGCAGGAAUGGCGUGUGUUACGGCCUCAAUGGACGAUAUCCAGUUUGAAGAGACUGUCAGGGUUGGGCAGGUCAUCAGUAUCAAAUCCAGAGUGAACAGGGCUUUCAACACCAGCAUGGAGGUGGGCAUCUAUGUAACUGUACAGGAGGUGCUCAGCGGUGUGAUAAAGAGAGUUUGCGUGGCCUUUUCUACAUUUGUAGCAAAGCCAACAGGAACACAAAAGGUGUCUCUGAAGCCGCUGGAUGUUCAAGGCUCUGUAGAGGAAAUUCUGGAACAUUCACUGGCUUCAGAAAGACGGCGACUCCGUCUCUAUAAUGAAAAGGCCUUCAAUAACCUCAUAAAGGACUAUUACAAUCUUCAAGACAAAGGAUUGUAUAGGAGGAAAACUGUGACGCCUUCAGUGUCGACUGAGCUCACACGGGUCGAGAGCAUCGAGUUGGUGCUGCCGCCACACGCUAAUCACCAUGGAAACACAUUUGGAGGGCAGAUCAUGGCCUGGAUGGAGAAUGUGGCUACAGUAGCAGCCAGUCGUCUGUGUGGCUACUAUCCUUCUCUCGGAGCUGUGGACAUGUUUCGCUUCCGAGGGCCGUCAUUUGUUGGUGACAGAUUAGUGUUCAAAGCCAUGGUCAAUAACACCUUCCAGAACAGUGUGGAGGUGGGUGUUCGGGUGGAGGCGUAUAAUUGUGAGGAGUGGAAUGAGGGAAAACCACGACACAUCAACAGUGCCUCCAUGAUGUACUACAUCCCAGAGCGGGAUGGGGAGAGACGCAUGCUUCCUGACGUCACCUACACAACACUCGAUGGAGAAAGACGGUUUAUUGGUGCCAUCGUGAGGAAGAGGAUCCGCAUGGCCAGAAAACAUAUUUUGUACUCAAGAGACGAGGGACCGAUUUCUGUGCCCUGGGACAAGAGUAAUCAGGUGUAUUUAGGGUACAACAAUGUGGCAGCUCUCACUGUGAUAGCUGGAAAACGGGACUGGGAGCCCAAUAACAUCACUGAUAAGAUGGGACUCUAUGUGCACGAGGAGUCAGAUAAGCUGUGUUUAAAAGUCGAGAUGCAGGCCAAAACCACGGCUUUUCAUGCGUUCUCCAUGCUCGCCGACCUGCAGCUACGGCCACAGUGGGACAAAAACUACCUGAGCUGUGAAGAGGUGGAGAAAGCAGACGAGGAGGAGACCAUCUAUCAUGUUAAAUGUGCUACAGUUAAUGAAGGCAAAUGUCGGGAUUUUGUGUACCUGUUGUCUAAGAGGCAGCCCUGCAAAGAUGGAGACCCGUAUGUGGUAGCGCUGCGGUCCGUCACGCUGGCUGCUGUCCCACCUGAAGAGAACUGCAUUCGGAGCGAAGCCAAAUGUAUAGGAUUCCUCAUUCAGGACAUGAGCGCUUCAACCUGCAAGGUGUCCUACUACAACCAGGUGACCUCUGGAAUCUUGCCGUAUGUGGAGGGAAACUUAGCCGGCUGGUCCAGAUCUAUGGAGGAGACGGCAAUGUCCUGCAUUUCAUAUCUGGAAAGAGAUGUGCUGACCACACCACUCUGACACACAAUAACAUCAUACCCUGCUAAAACAACAACAGAAACUAUGCUGACAACAUAUAUUUGAAGAUAAAUGAUUAGCCCAAAUAUUUGAUGUUUAACAGAGUAUUUUUUACAGUAAUUCCAAUUAUAGUUUUUCUGAAGAAAGUCUAUUUUUUUUAGCUUUGGCUAGAAUAAAACAAUAUAUAUUUUUUAAAUGUUAAAACUGCACAGGUCAAUAUUAUUAUACCCUCCUACAAAAGAAACCCCCUGCUGUCCAAUGACCUGCCUAAUUAACCUAGUUAAGCCUUUAAAUGUCACUUUAAGCUGAAUACCAGUAUUUUGCGAAAUAAGUGGUAAAAUAUUAUGUACUUUCAUCAAUGCAAAGACAAAAUAAAUCAGAAAUUAGAAAUAAGAUUUUAAAA